AUGGACAGUGUUCGUGCUGGACCAUUCGGUCAGCUAUUUCGCCCAGACAAUUUUGUCUUCGGACAAAGUGGUGCAGGCAACAACUGGGCCAAAGGCCACUAUACUGAGGGUGCCGAGUUAGUCGACUCUGUUCUGGAUGUAGUUCGAAAGGAGGCUGAGGGUUGCGAUUGUCUGCAGGGGUUCCAGUUGACCCAUUCCCUUGGAGGGGGGACGGGUUCAGGCAUGGGGACUCUCCUUAUCUCUAAGAUCCGGGAGGAAUUUCCUGAUCGUAUUAUGACAACAUUCUCCGUUGUUCCUUCUCCAAAGGUUUCCGAUACAGUUGUGGAGCCGUACAAUGCUACUUUGUCAGUGCAUCAACUGGUUGAGAAUACGGACGAAACCUACUGCAUCGACAACGAGGCUCUCUACGAUAUUUGCUUCCGCACCUUAAAGCUCACGAAUCCGACUUACAGUGACCUAAAUCAUCUUGUUAGCGCAACCAUGUCCGGUGUCACGACCUGCUUCCGUUUUCCAGGCCAACUUAAUGCUGAUCUACGCAAGCUAGCUGUAAACAUGGUUCCAUUCCCACGGCUUCACUUCUUCAUGCCCGGUUUUGCACCACUUACAAGUCGCGGAAGUCAGCAGUACCGCGCAUUGACUGUUGCCGAACUGACCCAGCAAAUGUUCGACGCGAAAAACAUGAUGGCUGCUUGCGAUCCACAAUGGAUUCCAAACAACGUGAAGACGGCUGUUUGUGACAUCCCACCUCGAGGCUUAAAGAUGUCGGCUACGUUCGUUGGCAACAGCACCGCGAUCCAAGAGCUGUUUAAGCGUGUGAGCGACCAGUUCACCGCCAUGUUCCGUAGAAAGGCUUUCUUACAUUGGUAUACUGGUGAAGGUAUGGAUGAGAUGGAAUUCACCGAGGCCGAGUCCAACAUGAACGAUCUCGUGAGCGAGUAUCAACAGUAUCAGGACGCCACCGCUGAUGACGAGGGCGAAUUCGAGGAGGAAAUUGAGGAUGAAUAG